ACCCCUCACGCGCGUGAGCGCGCGCAACCCUUGCAUGUGAAUGCAGUGGGAUUCGUGCGUGCGUGUGAGUGAGUGUGUUUUGCUUGUGGAAUGUGGGAGUUGUCCCCACGCGUUUUACGAACAACCGACCUGUCCAAACAGUGCGCGCGUGGCAGAGGAUGUCACACCAACCAAAACAGCGGACGUACGCUCACAGCACAGUCUUUGAUCCGUUAUUGGAGGAAAAUCCGCUGUACAGGGUAGAGUCGGGGCGGGGCGUAAUUACACGGAGUCCCAUCUAUUUAGGGUCAAGUACAACAUUUUUACAGUCCUAACCAGCGUGGGUUCAAAGUUUGUUUUGUGCCCGGAAACUGCGAAUCUCCCACAGGGUGCGGAGGAAGUGCUUUCGGAAUAUUUUUGUCUUAUUAUUUUGUCUUUAGUUAAUCCCCAGACUCGCGAUCAAAUCUGCACGGGAUGGAUUGCAAAAAUGCAAUAGCCAGCGUAAUUCGUUAGCAUCUCGUCGACUAGCUCCUCAAGAGGCUCAUGAGGAAGGGGCUGCGGUGCGGCUGGACGCGGAGCGAGGCGACCCUCUGCGGAGCUGCGAGGCGGUGGGCGUGUUUUCUCGGCGUGCUAGCAUGUGAGCUGGCGCCAAGUUCUUGGCGUAAAAAAGAAGGAAAAAACAAACAAACAAGAUUUACAAGUUACGGGCUGAAGAGAAGCAGCAAAAGUCACAUCUCGCUUGACCGGAAAAGUUGUACGCAGUGAUGGAGUCCGCCGUUAGUACAUCCACUCAAGUGCCAGAUGAGUUUGACCGUAAUGUUCCACGGAUCUGUGGUGUGUGUGGAGACAAAGCCACUGGCUUUCAUUUUAAUGCCAUGACCUGCGAGGGCUGCAAAGGCUUCUUCAGGCGCAGUAUGAAGCGGAAGGCCAGUUUUACCUGUCCCUUUAAUGGAAGCUGCACCAUCACUAAAGAUAACCGUCGCCACUGCCAGGCCUGCAGACUCAAGCGUUGCCUGGAUAUUGGCAUGAUGAAAGAGUUUAUAUUGACGGACGAGGAAGUUCAGAGGAAAAAGGAGCUGAUCCAGAGGAGAAAGGAUGAGGAGGCGCAGAAGGAGGCACAGAAGCCCCGGCUUUCAGACGAGCAGCGCAGCAUCAUUGACACGCUGGUGGAUGCGCAUCACAAAACCUAUGACGAUUCCUACUCUGACUUCUCACGCUUCAGACCUCCAGUCAGAGAGGGUCCAGUCACACGUAGUGCCAGCCGAGCCGCGUCUCUUCAUUCACUUUCAGAUGCCUCGUCAGACUCCUUCAGCCACUCUCCAGAGUCAGGAGAUCGUAAGAUGAAUCUGAGUAAUCUGUUGAUGAUGUAUCAGGAGCAGGGUUUGAGCUCCAGUCCAGACUCAAAGGAGGAUGAGGGCACUGGUCUUUCCAUGCUUCCUCACCUGGCUGACCUGGUUUCCUACAGCAUUCAGAAGGUCAUCGGCUUUGCCAAGAUGAUUCCUGGAUUCAGGGAGCUGACAGCUGAAGAUCAGAUCGCUUUGCUCAAGUCCAGUGCUAUAGAAGUGAUCAUGCUUAGGUCAAACCAGUCUUUCAGUCUGGAGGACAUGAGCUGGAGCUGUGGAGGACCCGAGUUUAAAUACUGCGUCAAUGAUGUCACCAAAGCUGGACACACUCUGGAUCUGUUAGAGCCUCUGGUGAAGUUUCAGGUGGGCUUGAAAAAGCUCAGCCUACAUGAGGAGGAACAUGUGCUGCUGAUGGCCAUUUGCCUGCUGUCUCCAGACCGGCCCGGGGUGCAGGACCAUGAGCGAGUGGAAGCGUUGCAGGACAGGUUAUCUGAGGUUCUGCAGGCGUAUAUCCGUGCGCAUCACCCGGGGGGGCGUCUGCUCUACGCUAAGAUGAUCCAGAAGCUGGCGGACCUUCGCAGCCUGAACGAAGAGCACUCCAAACAGUACCGCUCCCUUUCUUUCCAGCCCGAACACAGCCUGCAGCUGACCCCUUUGGUGCUGGAGGUGUUCGGCGGACAGGUCACUUAACAACCUCACCGGAGCAAGACAUGCGGGUCAAACGGCGUGGAUCAGAGAAUUGUGGAGUGGAGUGAAUGUACGGACAAUCACCUUAAAAUGCAUACAGAGUUUCCAGGACGAAGUUUGUGAGUGGUGUGUAUUUGUGUGUGUGUGUGUGUGUGUAAGUGUAUCCCUCAUCAUUUACAGAUCGUCUAGGGAAUGCCAUAGAUGUUGUAUGUAAGGAAGACAUUCUCAUGAGAAUGUAAUAUGGUCAUGGUGUUUAUCACUGUGGCAACUCAUUACAGUAUAUGUUACUGUAGUAUCAAUAACCAACAAUAUUACACUGCAUGUGCAGCAGGAUGAGUGUGUGAGAGUGCGGUCCUGUUCUAAACCUCUGCAUGGCCCCCAAAGCGCUGUCCACUACUGCUGAUGUCCUGUCUCUUCACCUCCUGCCUUUAAAUGCACAGGGUUAAAAGUACUAAUGCAAGCACACCGCUCUAACUCACCCCUCGCCUAGCCAUUUAACCAAACGGCAGCUCCGCCCCCAUUUUCCUCUGCCUCCAGAGCUCUGAUAGGUCGCUGAACAAUGGCUGUCUUCUCUCCUGUUAUUUGCCUGUGCUGUGAUUGGCCAAUAACCUCGCGCCUCCGCAAAGUGGUCAGUGCAGCAUUAGCACUCGCCGCGCAGUUAACCUGUAAAUAAGACUCAGUAUCUAUAUUCGUAACUUUUCAAAUGAGUGUAAAUAGAGUUUGAUAUAAGUGCUUCUUGUGGCUUAUGGUAGAAUCUAGCAGAGGGAGACCCUGAAGCCCUGGCUGGUUAUAAUGAAUAAGUAAACAAAGACUACCAUCUAACUGUGCGUUUAUGAAAACAUGCAGGAAGUGGGAUCAUGAAUUACAUUUUUAAAAACCGCUUUACCUCCAUUCUUUACCGUCGUAAAGUCCUGUAGGUUACAUAUUUCUCAAAUCUUCCAUUCUAUCAUAAUUUUUUUGUUGUUGUUGUUGUUUCAACAUUUUACUCUUCGUUAGCCAUCAUAUUUUCUUAGGGAUAUCAUCUAUAUUACAAUCAUGUAUUAUUUACAUUUUAAAUAAUAUAUAUUUUUCUCUUCAUUUGACAUGAAUGAGGUUUCACAUUAUGGUAUUCAAAAAUUGUGGGAAAUCAUUCUUAAUAAAUCAAAUUAAUUGGGAUACUUCAAAAUGGAAAUCAUAGUUUCAUAGUCCGGAGUGAAUUAUGACCCAUGCACUAUGGUGUCUAUCUGACAGGUUGUGGGAGAUUCAUUUAAUAACUGUUUGUUUUGCUUUGGGAGAUAAUACUAUUUUUUUUCUCUUCUCAUGUUUUUAAAAGUAACUGAAAGCAGCAUGCUGGGUAGUUUAUGAUUUGAAUUUUUGUCAUCUCUAACUGUGGUGUUACAUGCUUCUAGGGUAUAUUUGAUAUUUUGUUGGCACAGAGCAGUUCUUCAAAGCAUAUUCUGAUUACAGCAUAACACAACUCAGCACUUCUCUUAGGCUGGUUGUUAUUAUCUAAACACCAAUUAUGUUGUUAUCUAAACUGUAAAAAUUAUCUAAACAUGUCGGGCAUGGUAUAAACAGCGUUAAUUUCACAUUAGCCACUGCCUGAGUUGUGUCUCUAAAACAAACAUGACUGCCUUAGCUUGGCCUCAGCUGUUCACAGUCAUUCACUUUGAUCUUUUUAUGCUUUUUAAUUAUGUAAGAGUCCUUUUCUCUACUGUGUAAAAUAUCUGUAAGUGAUAUUUGCGAGACUGUCGUCAAGGGCUCCUUGAGUCGCAAUAUAGGGCUGAUGCUUACAGAGCGCUACCUCUGUUGCUUUAUAUAUCUCGUUCUCUCGGUUUCUCCAAUCACGUCUGAUUCGUAUGAAUCUUCUUCUCAGUCAGGGCUCAGGGUCAUUAGGAAAAACUUUUCUGUGGUAUGAGAUUUAAUCAGUUUAAUGAAGAUUUUCUGUAGGUGUGAGUUUAGUGUCAGAACUGGGUCGAUGAUUUAAUGAUCAUGUAAGCUGAAUUUAACUACCUGGAAACUGCGGUCGCUUGGAAAGGAGAGCGCAGUGCGUGCGUGUGUCUGUCUGUGGAAGCGUGUGUUUAUGAAGUGAGGGCAAUGUAUAGCAUUUACCUAUACACCAAGUAUAUUCAUAUAUAAUUGGGUGUCGCAUAAUUGGCCCAGCCUUGAUGGGAAUGUGUAUUUGUGUGAGAAGGUUAUCGUUUCCUCAUUAUAUUACUAUUCAGAUAACUUAGUCAUGGCACUUAAGAUUUAAUGAUAUGGAAGGUUUGCUAUAUAUAUCUAUGAGUAUUACUUUGCAAAUGUAAAAGAUUAAAAUAUUUUCUUGUAGACUAGUUUUGAUAUUCUGGUAUCAGUGUACAGGUGGUGGCACAGGGCAGAGCAUUGUUAGUUUACAUGUGUGUAGAUAUGCAAAUAUCGGAAAGUUUGGUUGAAUGCUAACCUCCUGCCCAGUGCGGGCAUGCAUAUAUAUAUAUAUGCAUGCAUGCAUAAAUUUGUUUUCAUGAUCUAAUUGCUCUCUUUCGACUGUCUGUUUUAUCGUCUUCAUGCCUUCUGUCUGUUAUUAGCUGCUCAGUACUUUGUGGGAUGAGGGCAUACACUCAAUUUUAAACUGGAAAACUAUGAAAUCUUCCAGUCUUGAGCAUUUUUGUAGACGUUCACUCACUUUCGUUCUGAUUUCAUGAUGAACGAGUGAGAAUAUCCCUGCAGCACUUACCAUCGACAUAGAUCAGACAAACCAGAACAACAUGUCAUGUCUAAACGGCUGCAAAAUAUACAGUAUGCAUGGUGAUGAUGAUGAUGAUGAUGAUGAUGAUGAUGAUGGAGAGACAUGAGAAAGACAAAAGAUGAAAUUGAUGUUGGUCUCUUUUCCGAGUCCAAAUGUAACCAUAACAAACUACCUCUCUGGGGAACAGACACAUUUGAUUUGUGUUUUUUUUUUUUAUGAUUCAUGUUUGUAUUUAUUGCUGUGCAGUGGCUCACAUGGACAACCCAGUACCUCAUGUAUGAAUAUCACUUAACAACAAAGACGCCUUAACAGCUGUUUUAUCAGAUUUUUUUUUUUUUUUUGAAUAAUAAUAUUUGUGUGUACAGUAAUUGUAUCCUUAGCUUUCUUCAACAUGCUGAAACAUUCAUUACACGGACAGACAGACAGACAGACACCUCCACAAGAGAGCUGAGAGCUGUUAAGGCGUGGUCUCUUCCAUGAUUGACAGCGAUCAGUUGCUGCUGGGAUUGGUUGGCCAUCCUCAGGCCCCUCCCCUUCUUUAUUCUGACUGCUCAGUUGGAUUUUGCUGCUCUGCAAAAAUAACUACACAAAACCUGUUGAAGCAUUGCCUUCUCUCUUUUUCUCUUUUUAAACGGUGACGUGUCAAGCGGGUAUCAUCUACUCUGCAGAUCACACUUGCUCAAGCUUUACCUCAUACAAAAACACAUAUACCCUCUACAGUCAAUACCUCAUGCCAGGUCAAUCCUAAAAUGGAGUAGAUGAUGGUGUCCGAUUGAUGAUCGAGUCAUUCGUGACAAAGAGAAAAUGAAGAGAGACAUGCUCUUUACCUCUCUUCUUCUGCCGGGUGACCAUUGGACAGGAGAUCAAUAGAAAGUUUGUGGCACUAAAAGGCUCAUAAGUGCAGAAGCACUUCUGUCUCUGAGUGAAUGGGUACCAUAUGGAAAACUGUAAUACAAAUGCUAGCUGUUUACUGAGGCUAAAAGUAGAAUGCCUGCUCACCAGGACAAAACCAGUUGAAUAUGACCAUUCAUGAAACAGUUAAAAUUGCCUGUUUUGUUUUCUUUCUUUUCUUUUACAUCAUAAAGUAUUGUAAAUUCAUGUUCCUGAUUUCAUGUAAUAUUGGUCAAAUGUUUUACAAAUCAAUAAAA